AUGCGAGCCCAACAACCGCCAGGGCUUCAGCCUCGCCGCCCCUCUGCCCCCACAGGCCAGAAACUCUUUCAUGGCCCUGAAAUCGACGACAAUGAGGUUAAAUUUUCGACCAAGCUGGGUACGGGCUGCUUCGGUACCGUGUGGAAGGGCUCAUGCUUCCAGAAGGAGGUCGCCGUCAAGAUUCCCGUCGUUCAGAAUCUCAACCGCGAGCAGCUCGCCGCCUUCCGUAAGGAAGUCGAAAUCAUGAGUACCAACCACCAUCCAAACAUCAUCUUGUUCAUGGGCGCCUGCACUGUUCCGGGAAAAUUCAAGAUCGUCACCGAACUCAUGGACACCGACCUGGAGACGCUUCUCCACAGUGACGUGAGCCUGAGCCUCUACGAGCGCAUGAAGAUGGCCAAGGAUGCUGCGCUGGGCAUGAACUGGCUGCACCACUCGACCCCGACCAUCAUCCAUCGCGACCUCAAGACGGCCAACUUGCUCAUCGAGAAGACCGCCAAUCUCUACCGCGUCAAGCUUUGCGACUUUGGUCUGAGCGAGAUCAAGCCGAAGGAGCGCGCCUGGCUGCAGGACCCGAAGAACGGCGCCAAGGGGACGCCCCUCUUCAUGCCUCCCGAGGUGAUGAUGGGCCAGCCCUUCGACGAAAAGUCCGACGUCUACAGCUUUGGUAUCGUGCUGUGGGAGAUCCUCACGAGGAAGGAGCCGUUUGCGCACUACGACGACUACGACGAGUUCACCGAGGCCGUGUGCGACCGCCACGAACGGCCGCCCAUUCCCGACAACUGCCCGCCUUCUCUCCGGCGACUCAUGGAGGCCUGCUGGCAUCCCGACCCGAGGAAGAGGCCCAACUUCGAGGACGUCAACAACCACUUGGACAUCAUCCUCAUCCACGCGGCCAUCUACGACGAACAGGGUCGUCGCUUCUGGCAGGAGAACUUCAUCCGGAUGGAGGAGGCCGAAUGGGACCACUUCGUGGAGACCUUCUACAAAUUCCUCAGAAUUGACCGCCCCGAAGACGACGUCACUCCGGACGAGGUGUCUCCGUACCUGUUGGUGGGGACCGGCGGCAACCUCUCGGCCUCGGGCGAGUUCGAGAUCAAUGCCGGCGACGCCUCGCAGAAGUUCGCCGAAGACCACGUGCCGGCCAACGAGAUCCUGAACCUGCGAUGCCUCAAGACCCUGCUGGUCAACCACGACAACAAGUCGGGCGACAAGAAGGGCUACGUCAACGUGGAGCGCUUCGGCAACAUCCUGAACUGGUUCGGCCCUCUCAUCAAGAAGAAGGAUCGCACUCCUUUCCUCGACGCCAUCCGCGAGAUCCUCCAGGAGGCUUGGUUCCACGGUGAUAUCGAGACGGGCGAGGCGCAGAGACGGCUCAACGGCCAGGGUGCGGGGUGCUUCCUGGUGCGGUUCUCUACCAACCCUUCCCACCCUGGCUGCUUCACCAUCUCCAAGGUGUCCGCCAACGGCAAGGUCGCCCACAUCCGCAUCAGUCACUCGGCGGAGGGCUUCAGCGUGAACGACGAGCACACGUAUCCCUCGCUGCCGGAGCUGGUCGAGAAGCUCUCCAAGGCGCUCGAUCUGCGCUUCCCCUGUCCUGGCUCGCAGUACAGCCAGCUCUUCUCGGCCGGCGGCAGCGUCGACCUGGGCGGCUACGUCAGGUACACCGGCGACGACGACUACGCCCGGGGCGGCAGGAAGUGA